AUGGCUUCCAUCUCAGAGGCUUGCAUUAUGGCAGACUGCCAAACCGGACAGAUCUCGAACACCGAGCAAUUUAUCAACACAAUGGACGAGGCUACCAUCAAUAACUACCAACUUCAGGCAGCUGACCUGGCUCUAAGAUUGUCCGCCGGGAACACUGAUGGGAGUGCCAUACAAGUCGACCAGCCCGAGGCGGUACUGCCCGACAACGGGGACGCGAAGGAUGACGUCCUCCAAGUCUCGGACCACAAUGGCAACAAAACAGUCAUUCCCGAACCCAAUGUCGACAGACGGUUGAUUGCGGCAUCGCUGGAGGAACCUCGUUGCCCGCAGCCACAGGAGCCCAACUCUGAGCCAAACAUCACCGAGACCAACCAAGCAGCCCACAAAGCCGUGAUUCUCACACUCCCAUCACCUUCACCCAUCGCACCCCAAGCCGGCGAUUGGGUCACACAUAGACCCGGGACUCAGUGGGAGGCCCGGGGCGAUUAUAUGUUUUACCGUGAGCCCGGAAACGCAACACAAAAGAACAGUGCCACGGGGGAUGAGGUCGAGGGCGUGGUGGACGUCUUUUGGAAACCUGCGGGGUAUUUUUCGUGGUAUUAUCCCACUGAGCAAGAAAAAGAGGCCGAAAGGUGCCUCGACAAGGCGGUGUGGGACGACGGCUUUGCCUUUUACUAUUCUCCGGCCCUUGAGGACCAUCCUGUGUUCCAUGACUUGGUUACCGACCAGCGGUACUACUUCCACAAGCGGCAGUUGCUUUGUGAUCCUGUCAAGGCCGCUGUCUUGGCCGUCCGCGAGGUUUACCUAGAGAUGAUGAGCCAACAAGGGAAGUAUCUUCACUCUGCGUCUAUGGAGGAAGUUUCCACCGAGCGAACGCCGUCUACCUGGCCGUCUACCACUGUUGCAGAGCCUUCUCCUAUCUCUCUAUCCUCCUUUGAGGUGGCCACACCCCCUACCGAGGCGACCUCGCCUGCUCAACAAGACCUUCCCGUCGCAUACUUGAACGAAGAUGUCGUGAUUGGGGUGAAAAGACCGGCUCCAGUGACGCCCGAGAGGGAACAACCUCCCUGUAAAAGGGCCAGAACGACACCGUCGCCACCAACCACACGCAAGGUCGAGGUAGCACCAUCGCCGAUCUUCCAGUGCCCUGUUCAUCAUAGAGCUUUCCCUGUAUUUCCAGAGGACGUAACCGUGCAACAGCGGGCAUAUAUGCUGGACCUCUGCGACAUCAAACAGGAGCCACUAAUCCGCGACAGGCUGCCCGAACUAGUCUACAAGGUUUUAUUCGACAAGACUGAGGCUAAGUCGAAGCCCAAGUCCCCGGUACAGACGUCCUUGACAACCGCUGCAGCUCAAGUCGCCACCCCCAGCCGCACCCGAACCCCCUCGGGAGCAACGGGCUCAACAGGCGGUAGCCAGGAAAACCCCAUUUCACUUGACACGCCAGAGCCCCAAAAGUUCUCCACCCCUCGGGUCGGUACUGCGACCAAUCCGAUCCCGAUCGAGCUGGGCAUCGCGGAUGAGGACGUGGUGACCAUCUCACCCACGGGCUCCUCGACUAGUCAGACGCCGAGCACUACGCUGAGCACUACGCUGAGCUCCGUACCGUCUUCAUGGCCAGUGACACUCCGCAGGGAUUCUGCUCCCUCGCCGGACCCUUUCAUGCCCAGGGUCACCCGUUCUGCAGAGAAGAAAACCGUCGCGCACCCGCGCCGGGACGGCUUUUCAUUCUACAAAACCGACAACAAGGCGCUGCUUCGGUACCAGCUGGUUGACAAGGACCCAGGAGUGGUUCCGGGGACGUAUCUACCUGACGGUCGCCAGCCGGACAGGCUUCUCAUCGAAAAAUUCCGCAUCGACUGCAACAACACUAAGGGAACAGCAAACAACUUCAGCCCGAGGAAGGCCACAAUCCACCCAAAACAGACUCCCCUGCACAGCGGAGACUACUGGGACAACUGGCUGGAAACAAAGCAGGUGACGCCCACGCAGCCAUCCACCGGCACCGAGGCAUACACCGCCGCCGCCAGGCAGCGCUGGGUAGAUGACGCUCCCAGGAGCUCCAGCCAGCCCGCCCUGCUGCGAGGUUUCCCCAUGGUGGAGAUGGUCACGUUCCUCCGGGCUAACAACCGCCAGGACGAGGGCAACUGCUACUGGAACGCUCUCUCGCUGCAAAUGUACGGCCGAUCUGAUUUUGGCCUGCGCGUCAAGUUAGAGCACCUGCGUCACGUUGAAGCCGUGCUCCAGAACCCGCGACACCCUCGCCACGAAUCCUAUACCAAGAUCAACGCCCGAUUCUUCCAAACUAACGCCGAGGGACUGUCGGGGGGCCGCUUCAUCGCCAAUAUGUGGCAGAUCCUGCACCUGCCGGGAUCGUGGACGCCGUCGUGGAUGACGCAGAUCACCGCCGAUCUGUACGGCGUUUUCGUCGUUCUGUACACGCUCCAGACCGAGAAGCGGCUGCUGGUCACCGAAACGACUACACGCGGCGCCUACAAUUCGCGCCAUAUCUUCCUGCUCUUUGUCGAUGGCAACCACUACCAGCCCAUGAUACCAAACGAAUACGACCCGUCCGAGUUCCGCUGCCCACGACCUUCCAAGGAGCUCACUAGAGCGUAUGUGUUCGGCGAUUCCAAGCGUUGGGGCGACGGAGUCACUCAUGGUUGGCGCCAUGACGCCUCGUUUGGCAACCGUGUGCCCAUGCCCUUGCCCGUUGAUCAUAACAUGGGCGCAACCUUUGUCGAUACAGAGAGGCUGAUCAAGGCCGUGGUAGAAGGCGGUACCGGACUUUGGAUGGCGAAAUUAUAA